GCAAUAUUGUGAAAUACAUAAUUUGUUUGUCAAUACUUAAAUACCACCAAACUUUAAAUAUAGAUAAAUCAUAUCAUAAGGUAAGGACUAAAAUGAAGGACGUCAUAAAAGAAGCCGCUAUACAAAUAGGCUCCGGAGGUUCGGCGGGUUUCGCAGAAGUGUGCCUAAUGCACCCUUUGGAUUUAAUCAAAACAAGAUUACAACUGCAACAAGGAAAGGCAAUGAACCGUCCCGAAUACUAUUCAGGAGUAUUGGAUUGUAUACGGAAAAUGUACAGGAACGAGGGGUUCUGGUCCUAUUAUAAGGGCAUCGUACCCCCUAUUUUAGCUGAGACGCCUAAAAGGGCUGUUAAGUUUUUCACCUUUGAACAGUACAAACAAUUUUUUUUGUUUGGUUCCCCUACACCUACACCUGUGACGUUUUCCCUGGCCGGUCUUGGAGCUGGUAUAACAGAAGCCAUUCUAGUAAACCCCUUUGAAGUUAUUAAGGUCACUCUGCAAUCCAACCGGGCAACCGGAACACAAGUUCCUAGUACCUGGAUAGUCACCAAAGACAUUCUCAAAAAACAUGGUAUUGGUUCACGAGGGUUGUUCAAGGGAGUCAGUGCCACCAUAUGGAGAAACGGUUUAUUUAAUAUGGUCUAUUUCGGAUUUUAUCAUUCAGUGAAAGGCUGGUUGCCUGUCGAUGAGGAUCCGCUUCAAGAGUUCUUCCAUAAAGUUUUAAUAGGUUUCAUAUCUGGCAGUCUAGCGUCUUGCAUCAAUAUACCAUUUGAUGUUGCAAAGUCUCGUAUUCAAGGCCCUCAACCACUCGCAGGACAGAUCAAAUACACCGGCACUUUUCAAAGUUUGUCGUUGGUUUAUAGAGAAGAGGGGUUUUUGGCUUUAUAUAAAGGUCUGGUACCAAAAGUGAUGAGACUAGGUCCAGGCGGCGCCAUUAUGCUCGUUGUUUACGACUACGUUCACUUGUUGUUGACUGCCAAAUUUGAUACUCAUUAAUUUAAGUGUAAAAAUCGAUUCAUUAACUUCGCCGUAGCUGACACGGGUAAUCGAUACCAUUUACCUCCUUUUUUAUUGUAGGCAUAACUUUUAUUCUAAGAGA